AUGACCCUUGACCACCAGCUCCUCACUCAGACGCUGAGAAGUUCACACACUCCAUCAUCGAGUGGUGCUCUUCCUGCGAGGCAUGGGUCUAUGUCUGCUGACAGAGAUGCAGGUUUCACAGGGAGCCCACUCACCAAGUUGCUAACUCUUGAGGAAGAGGAUGACAACGUGGAAUGGCAUUUAUCUGGAAGUAUUCUGGAUGCAUAUAGUGGUGAGCAGGGGAUUUCACCAGCUAAUAUGGGACUUACAAGUGCUUCCUGUCCAAAUAGUCUACCAAUGAAAAGAGAAGUUACAGAAACUGAUACUCGAGCUUUGGCAAAGGAGAGGCAAAAAAAAGAUAACCACAACCUCAUUGAAAGAAGAAGAAGGUAUAAUAUUAAUUACAGAAUCAAGGAGCUUGGCACUCUUAUUCCAAAGUCUAAUGAUCCUGAUAUGCGUUGGAACAAAGGAACCAUUCUAAAAGCAUCAGUGGAGUACAUCAAGUGGCUACAAAAAGAACAACAGAGAGCCCGAGAAUUAGAACACAGACAGAAGAAAUUAGAGCAGGCUAACAGGCAGCUUCUACUCCGGAUUCAGGAACUAGAAAUACAGGCUCGUGCACAUGGUUUGCCAAUGCUGGUUUCUCUUGGAACGGUUGAGUUAGGUGCUCAGAUCACCAAACAACAGACCCAUCCUGUGCAGAAUUCAGUAGACUAUUGCCAGCAACUGACUCCUUCUCAAGGACCAAGCCCUCCCGUCUGUGAUCAAGCUCUGGCCUUCUCUGAUCCUUUGUCACACUUCACUGAUUUAUCAUUUAGUGCUGCUUUGAAAGAGGAACAAAGAUUGGAUGUCAUGUUACUUGAUGACACAAUAUCUCCAUUUGGAACAGAUCCUCUGCUAUCUGCCACUUCCCCUGCAGUUUCUAAAGAGAGCAGUAGAAGAGGUAGUUUUAGCUCAGAUGACGGUGAUGAGCUUUAA